UCUCACCCAAUUUUCUUCUUCUUUUAACCCUUUCUUCUCUUGCAAUCCAAGCUUUCUUUGAUCAUCAAACGCUUUAUAAUCUUUGAAUUUUACUCUGCUCUAAUCAUGAUAACUGGGCUCUUGUCCACUUUGCUUCUUUGAUUUCAGCUCCUGUUACGAAUAGAUGUUAUAGAAUUAUCAACCAGCUAAGAUGGCUAUGUUGUUCUUGUUCAUGUUCUUGUUCUUGAAUUCUCGUAUCUUACAUGCAGAGGAACUUGAACUUCUCUUGUCCUUUAAAUCAUCCAUCAAUGACCCUUUUCAAUAUCUUUCCAACUGGAAUCCCUCUGUUACUUUUUGCAAGUGGCAAGGCAUCACUUGCAACAACUCGUCCCGCAUUAAAGCCAUUGAUCUCCAAGGGAAGAACAUCUCUGGCAAGCUUUCUUUGUCAGUGUUUCAGUUGCCAUAUGUCGAAACUAUCAAUCUCUCGGGCAAUCAGCUUUCUGGGCAAGUUCCUCGUAACAUUUUUUCAAGCAGCUCGCUUCGACACCUCAAUCUUAGUAACAAUAAUUUCACUGGUUUUAUACCAAGUGGCUCAAUUGCCUGCCUGGAGACGCUGGAUCUGUCUAAUAAUAUGCUUGCAGGGAGAAUUCCUCAGGAAAUCGGAUCCUUUUCGAGCCUGAAGUUUCUUGAUUUUGGUGGAAAUGUUCUGGUGGGCACAAUUCCAACCUCUAUAACAAACAUCACAAGUUUGGAAUUCUUGACUCUGGCUUCAAAUCAAUUAGUUGGCCAAAUUCCACGAGAAUUGGGCCAAAUAAGGAGCUUGAAGUGGAUUUACUUGGGCUACAACAAUCUCUCAGGCGAAAUUCCGAAAGAAAUAGGGGAAUUAACUUCUUUGAAUCAUCUUGAUCUUGUCUAUAAUAAUCUUACAGGUUCAAUUCCAUCCUCUCUAGGAAACCUCAAAAAUCUUCACUACCUCUUCCUCUACCAGAAUAAGCUUACAGGUUCGAUUCCAAAAUCCAUUUUUGGCCUGAGAAAGUUGAUUUCUCUUGAUCUUAGCGAUAAUUUUCUCUCCGGUGAGAUCCCAGAACUCAUAGUUCAGUUGCAAAACUUGGAGAUUAUUCAUCUUUUCUCCAACAACUUUACUGGAAAAAUCCCAGGUGCUUUAAGUUCUUUGCCUCGUCUUCAAGUUCUUCAGCUUUGGUCUAACAACUUUUCUGACGAGAUUCCGAAAGAUCUUGGAAAGCAUAACAAUCUCACUGUAAUAGACCUUUCCACAAAUUCUCUCACUGGAAAAAUCCCUGAAGGCCUAUGCAGCUCAGGCAAUCUCUUUAAGCUCAUUCUCUUCUCAAAUUCUCUUGAUGGUGAAAUCCCCAACAGUUUGAGUACCUGCAAAAGCUUGCAGCGAGUACGUCUCCAGGACAAUAAUUUAUCUGGUGAAUUAUCAACAGAAUUCACCAAACUGCCACUAGUGUAUUUCUUGGAUAUCUCAGGCAACAAUUUUUCAGGCAGGAUCGAUGCCAGAAAAUGGGAAAUGACUUCGCUUCAGAUGUUGAGUUUGGCAAGAAACAGAUUUUAUGGGGGUUUGCCAAAUUCAUUUGGCAGUGACCAGCUUGAGAACUUGGACUUGUCCCAAAACAGAUUUUCAGGCUCUAUCCCUCGCACUUUUGGUAGUUUAACAGAGCUAGUGCAACUGAAGCUAAGUGGAAACAAGCUCUCUGGUGAAAUCCCACAUGAGUUAUCUUCACUCAAGAAGCUUGUAAGUCUAGACCUCAGCCACAAUCAGCUGAGUGGCAAAAUCCCAGAUAGUUUUUCCGACAUGCCAGUUCUUGGCCAACUUGAUCUGUCGCAGAAUCAAUUAUCUGGAGAAAUACCAACAAAUUUGGGAAGAGUGGAAUCGCUUGUUCUGGUGAACAUCUCUCAUAAUCAUUUUCACGGUAGUUUACCAUCCACAGGAGCUUUUCUUGCCGUAAAUGCAAGCGCGGUUGCUGGCAAUGAACUUUGCGGCGGCGAUAUAUCUAGUGGUUUGCCUCCAUGCAAAAGGAUAAAGAAUCCUAUAUGGUGGUUUUAUGUUGCUUGUAUUCUUGGUACUUCAGUGGUUCUCGCUCUUGCUGCUUUUGGAAUAGUGUUGAUUCGAGGAAGAAAGGAUUUAGAGAUGAAAACAGUGGAAAAUGAAGAUGGGAUUUGGGAGUUGCAAUUCUUCCAUCCCAAGGUAUCAAGCUCAGUAACAAUGGAGGAUAUAUUAUCGUCCAAGAAAGAAGAAAAAGCCAUUUGUAAAGGAAAGGAAGGGCUUUCAUACGAGGGGAAGUGUAUCAUAAAAAACAUGCAAUUCAUGGUAAAGGAAAUAAACGAUACGAAGUCAAUUCAGUCAAAUUUUUGGUCUGAAAUCUCUGAACUUGGUAAACUUCAGCAUCCAAAUAUCGUCAAGUUAAUCGGAGUGUGUCGGUCCGACAACGUUGCAUAUUUGGUCUAUGAGUACGUAGAAGGCAAAAACUUAAGCGAAAUUCUUCGGAAUUUGAGUUGGGAACGGCGGAAGAAAAUAGCCAUUGGGAUUGCGAAAGCUCUUCGGUUCUUGCACUGUUAUUGUUCACCGGCUGUUCUAGUCGGCUACAUGUCUACAGAGAAAAUUACGGUGGACAGAAAAGAUGAGCCUCGCCUGAGACUGAGCCUUCCUGACCUGCGUUGCUUUGACACGAAGUGCUUCAUUUCAUCGGCCUACGUAGCCCCUGAAAUUAGAGAUUCAAAAGCUACAAGCGAGAAAAGCGACAUAUAUGGAUUUGGUUUGAUUCUGAUAGAGAUAUUAACCGGCAAAAGUCCGACGAAUGCUGAGUUCAGCUUUGACGAGAACAUUAUAGAGUGGGCUCGGUAUUGCUACUCCGAUUGCCAUAUAGACAUGUGGGUUGAUCCUAUGAUCAAAGGAGACGCAACAAUUAGCCAAAAUGAGAUGAUUGAGACCAUGAAUUUAGCUCUCCAUUGCACAGCUACUGACCCUAAGGCUCGACCUUGUGCUAAUGAUGUGUUCAAAAUCCUUCACUCUGCUUUGAGAUCGAGCUCUUGUGUUUCAGGCCUAAAAUUUUCUGAAUAUUUUUAGUGUUCCAGCUGAUCACCUAUAAUUUUUGUUCAAGUUUUGAUUUUUCUUUUUCCUUUAAUUUUUCCUCUUAUAAUGGUUUUCUAGCUAAAAAUUAUUGUUAUUCAAAUAUUUUGUUUGAUAAUGGUACGUUUCACAAUGUAAAAAUGUAGCUACUAAAUGCAUUAUAUGAAUUAUAUAUAACU